CGUGCGUUCAACUCUCUCCACAAGCGCGCGCGGCGGCAGGAAUCGUUUAGUGAAGCACGCUGUUUUAUUCUCUCCCGAGUGUCCGUGUCUCUCUGUUUAUCUUUCCCCCUGACAGUCUCAUCUACGCAUUAGACAGCAUGACACUCUGAAAAUCCGCCCUCAGAUUGUGGAUUCUGGGGGAUUUCUGCGCUUAUAAAAGAGAGGACACAGUCAGAAUGGGAUUUUAGUGAGCUUAUGAUGCAGCAGGCUAUAUGACUCGCUCCGUGGGUUCCGUGGAUUCUUCCCGCAGGCGAAGAUCCGGAGAAUGAUGGAGGAGAAUAAGCAGCUCGCGCAACGGAUCGAUGGCGCGAUCCAGUGCGCGAAGCAGGAGGUGGCGAACCUGCGCGCGGAGCUCACAGCCACCGGCCACAGACUGGCAGAACUCGGCGAGCUGGAAGAACCGGGAGAACCGCAGGAACAUCAUCAGCAGCAACAACAACAGAACCACCAGGAAAAAAAGAAACUCAAAGGUUUGGAGCCACUUGAGGAUGCACCGGUGCAGAGACAGAAAGCUCUGACAGAGCUCGGUCAAAAAGGUGACGUCGCUCCUCAAGAGACGUCGUUAGAUAAAGUGCUGCUGCAUGAGGAGGUGCUGCGUCUACAGGAGGAGGUGUCUGUGUUGAAGCAGGUCAGGGAGAUGUUGAAUCGGGAGCUAGAGGAGACAGGAGGAGGCUGCUCGGUGGAGCUGCUGUCCGUCUCUCAGCUCCGAGUGCAGCUCACACAGAAGGAGCAGGAGCUGGACAGAGCCAAGGAGGCACUGCAAGCAAUGAAGGCAGACAGGAAGCGUUUGAGGUUGGAGAGGACUGAUCUGGUCAAUCAGAUGCAGCAGCUUUACACCACACUAGAGAGCCGCGAGGAGCAGCUCCGAGAUUUCAUACGCAACUACGAGCAACACCGAAAAGAGAGUGAAGAUGCAGUGAGAGUCUUGGCGAGAGAGAAGGAUCUGUUAGAGCGUGAGAAGUGGGACCUUCGACGACAAACCAAAGAGGCCACAGAACACGCGGGUGCUCUCCGCUCAGCACUGGACCUGAAAGAGAACCGGAUCAAGGAGCUGGAGGCUGAACUGACUAUGAUGAGUAGCUUUAUGGCUCAGAAACUAGAGAGUCGCGUGUUUGUUCGAUCUCCUGAAAGACCAGCCUCACCUAAAACAGUGUCGGCAAAACAGUCUUUGGCUACUCUCACUAAAGAUGUUCCUAAGCGCCACUCACUGGCCAUGCCCACGGAGACUGUCGUCAACGGCAACCAGGAGUGGGCGAUGCAUGCAGAGCUUCCUCUGACUGCUGCCAUACGACAGAGUCAACAGAACCUCUACCACUCCAUGGACAGACAGGUCCUGAAAGCAUCACCGUGUGUGUGUGACGGUGAUGGAAUCAGCAUGAUGUCAUCAGCCGCGGCCAGAAUCAGUCCGUGUCACUCGAAACAAGCAUCUGUGAUGUCAGACGCUUCAGUGAUGGAGGGAGAAAGAUCCUCAACACCGUCAGAUUCACCUCGACAUAGAACACACUCCCUCUGCAAUUCCCUAGAGGACCUGGAGGAGCAGAGGCGCAGGAAGAAGAAAGAGCGCAUGGGCCUGGGCUCUCUGUCCCGGGUGUUCGGCCGAGGGAAGCAGAGAAAGUCCAUGGACCCCACUCUAUUUGAUGACUCCGACAGUUUGCCAAGCACCGCCCGCCUCAGCGUGAGCCUAUCAGAAUGUGAGGAGCAGCUCGAUCGUCUUCAGCAGGUGGAGCUCGCGCGCUCGGCGCCCAUGUGUCGAUGGAGGGCAGGAACCGUACAGGCGUGGCUUGAGGUUAUUAUGGCCAUGCCGAUGUACAUACGCGCCUGUGCGGACAACGUCAAAAGCGGGAAGGUCUUAUUAGUUCUUACAGAUGAAGAUCUGGAAAAUGUUUUGGGAAUCAGUAACUCAAUGCACCGCAGGAAACUCCGUCUGGCCAUUGAAGAUUACAGGGAUGCUGAAGCAGGACAUGGUCUUUCUAAAGCAGCUGAACUGGAUCAUCACUGGGUGGCUCAGGCUUGGCUGGCUGAUGUGGGUCUCCCUCAAUAUUCCCAGUUCUUCCACACUCACCUUGUGGACGGACGUCUCCUGAGUACCCUCACACGCGCUGACCUGGAGAAACAUCUGCACGUGUCUAAAAAAGCUCACCAGAACAGCCUCCUGCUGGGAAUACAACUGCUACACACGCUCAACUUUGACAAAGAGAUUUUGCAGUCCAGACGUUUAGAGUGUGAGAAUCAAAACACAGACCCUGCCGUCUGGACCUGUCAUCGCAUCAUUAAAUGGAUCAAAGAGAUCGAUCUGAAGGAGUUUGCUGACAGUCUUCAGAACAGUGGAGUGCAUGGUGCCGUCAUGGUGUUGGAUCCCUCUUUCAGCUCUGACAACAUGGCAACAGCUUUAUGUAUUCCAAGCAACAAGCACAUGGUCCGUCAUCACCUGAGUGAGGAGAUGAAGGCUCUUGUCAGUGCAGCCAGGGCGGGACUUGAGCAGGAAGUUGAGCCUCUGGGGACUCCGCCCACACUCCACCGGCAGAGUUCUCUGAGCAGCUCAUCGCCAAGCUGUCAUGAUGAUCAGCAGUCUUUGAGGAGGGUGAAGCAGCAGCUCGGUCUCAGCCCAAAGAAUCUGACUGCACGGAAGAUCAGCCACCAGAGCAGAUCUGGAUCAUUUCCAAGGAAUGGACUUCAGGAGGUUUCGCUACAACGGGAGCGUUGCCCGGUUCGCCAUUUUUCUGCUGCUGAGCUCACCAAUGUCUGAGUCUCUCUCCUGUCAAACUACACCUGAAAACAUGACAUUUUUUCCUAAUGCUCCCAAAUGGGGGAAGAUGUUAUUUUCCUUUUCAAGUUGAACUGAAGAAAUCUCACAUUUUCAGACUCUAGACUCAGUUUUGCAGUAGGUCUCGGCAAUGUUUUGUAGACCUUAUUUUAUUGUGAAGGUAGACUCAUUUGUCUCAAAGUGAGACUGUGUUAAGAAUUCAUUUGGAAAACAAUGUGGUUUUGGAUGUUUUGUGAGAUCUCCGAAAUCUAAAUUCUUUAAGUUGGAUUUUUUGUUGUUGUUGUUGGUAAAAUCAAUAUUUUUUUAAUUAAUAUUUUAAGAAAUGAUACUAGAUGUUAGAUUUAAUUAGAAUUUACUGUAAAAUGUGAUGUUAAAUGGUACAUUUAUUGUUUAAAUUUAAAAGUUCUGGUUCCACUGGGGCUUAUACUGUUAGAAUAAGGCUCCGAGCUGGUUUAUGCUGAUGUCAGAUAAAUAUCAUGGCAGGAUUCAUGAAAACUUAACCCUUGUGCACUGUUCAAAUGUACUACCCUUUUGUUAUGUUUGGAAUGAAAACAUCCACUUAAUUAAACUGCUGCAAAAGUACAUCAGAUAAACAUUAUUUUCAAUUUUCAGUCCUGAUCAAAACUACUAAAUUGUUUAGAAAAUUACAGGAUUUUAACUCUUUAAUUGUAAAAUGAUGUCACUGAUUUAGUAAAAAAGUGACGUAUUCUUAAUAGAUCAAUGUAAUUGUAAGCUGGAUUUUUUUUUACCUUUUAUCACAGUCUUCAACAUGUGAACGAUCAGUAACAACAUUGGCUUUGAUGCAUUGUUAGAUUUUCAUCUUUUUCUCCCUCAUUUACUUUUGAUGACUGUUUUUUUGCCCCAUUGACUUCCAUUAUAACCACGUUUAAUGGUGCAUAAAUUCAAAGUUUUUGUUUUUAUUUGCUCCAUGUAGUUCUGAGAGCUGAGAUGCAUAUUUUGAUUUUCACAGACACAUCAAGGUAAGUGCACAAAGGUCACUCUCACACACAUACAUAAACUUUAAUUUGCUGUACUACUCCAUAUAAAAACCAGAAACUAAGCUGUUUUUAAUAAGCCUAUCUAAAAGGUUAAUGGUGCCAACUGAUAAUCAACAGUAAAAAUUACAAGUUUUAGCUCUUCCCAACAGGGAAAAGCACCUGCACAAUCAAAAAUGCAUGAUUGUAUGGUGUCAUGGUUUUGUAAUAAAAAAAAAUGUGGUUAUAAUGGAAGUCAAUGGGGUAAAAACAGCCACCAACAGUAAAUUAAGGAGAAAAAAUGAAGGUCAAUCAAAAACCAUGCAUCAAAGGCAAUGUUGUUUCACAUUGACAUUAAGGUUUUAAAAAAAAAACAGUCCACAUCUAGUUUUUAUAUUGAAAAUAUGUCAUUUUUGUGUGUUUUUCACCAAAUCAGUGACAUUAUGAAUUUGGCAAUUAAAGAGUUAAAAUCCUGUAAUUUUCUAAGCAAUUUAGUACUGAUUUAGUAGUGAUCAGGACUGAGGUUGAUUAACAGAUUUUUGCAAAAAAUAAAAAAAGUGAAUUUUUUUUUUCUGAUGCAUCUUGACAGCAGUUUAAUUUAGUGGGUGUUUUCAUCUUGAACAUACUGUAACAAAAGGAUAGUAAAUUUGCCCAGAGUGUCUCAUUGAGUACUUUAAAAAUGUCAAAGCAUUUUCUCAAAAUAUGUCAAAAUAAGAUUUUUCACCAAAAAUCAUUCUGCUAGCUGAAACAGAGAGAAAACAAUGGCCAAAUUAAGACUCAAAAUCAACCCAGAGUGGAUGAAAACAUCCCCAACAGUACAGAAGGGUUAAAGGGAUGAUUCAUCCCAAAAUAAAACAGUAACUCGCUGCAUACUCACUCUAAAGUGGUUCCAAAUCUUUAUGAAUUUUUUUCCUGUUGAGCACAAAUGAAGAUAUUUUGAGGUAUGUUGGAAACUGGUAACCAUUGACAUCAAUAUUAAUGUUAAUAUAAAUCUAGAUGUGGAUAAGCAUUUCUGCAUCAGCUAAUACUAUUAAAGUCAAUGCUUACUGGUUUUAACAUCUAAAAAAAUAUCUUCUGUUGUGUUUACAGAAGAAAGAAAUUCAAACAGUUUUGUGACAAGUCAAGGGUGAGUAAAUAAUGAAAUCUAUUGUAGUUUUUGGUGAACUUUUGCUUCAAGCGCAAUUCUGAAAAAAAAAAAGAAAAUCUCAAAUUUCAUAAGAACAAUCCUAACAAUUCUUAACAUUUUUUCCAAAGUUAGAAAAUAAUAAGUAAAGUGCAGAUGUCUUCUUAAGAAGGUUUCAUUAAUCCGGCCCCAGGUCCAUCACUACAGGUCUCUGCUCAUGUUUGUCAAAUAACGGGAUUUUGUAUAAAAUUGUAUUUUGUAUAAAAAGACAUUUGUCUCUGAGAAGCCAGUUUGCAGUUCACUUCUUAUUUACCCAAACACUGCAUUUUGUGUUCCAGCUGUAAAUCACUAACCUCGGUAUCAUGGACACAUAACUUUAGCAUGCUACCAACGUGAAGGUCAGGCACAUUGAUAAGUAGCAGGGAUUAUUCUAAUCAUCCUAGUAAUUGCGCAAAGAUCACAGAUAUGACUGUUGGACAUUCACACUGUUUAUCAGGCCACUUCUAGUCUUAAAGAGGCCAACAUGUUCAAAAGACAACACAUUCUCCAUUUCAAAAGGUCUUUUGAGUGUGGUUUUUCUCUUACAUAUCUCUAAUAUCUAACAAAUCACACCAUCAAUUCCUACAGGAUUAAUAAUGUACUUUGUUAUAGUGAGAAACAUACGCAAUGGAUUUCGGAGCACUCCUUGUUCUGUUUACUAUAAAAGUUGAGUACUUUAACUCAAACAGACGCAGUUAUGAGGAAGCAGCUUGCCUAUACGGUCAACCUUUGUCCAACAGCAUUAACAAUGCCAGAAUCACAACUGCCCAUAAAGUAGUUAAAUAUUGCUAAGCGUUUGUUCCGCUCUAGGAAUUUAUGUUUGGAUGAACCCCUUCUGACAGAUUUAUGUGGGUCUGGAAACCAAAGUGAUUAAUAAAGCUGGUAUCUUAAAACCUGUAAGAGAUUAGAGACUUUAGAGAUUUUCAACGUCAUAAAUUAAGUCUGACAGCAUGCCAACACAUCUAGAGUCCUCCUGAAGAUUAUCAUUCAUUAUUAUACAGGUAAAAAGACUGAAUUAUAAAGAGAUGAAUGAAAUGGUUCAACUGAAAAUGGAAAGUUGCUGUUAUUUUGCUCAUCUUCAGGUCGCUGGAAAUUUAGGUGAUGUAGGUUUUUUUUUUUUAGGUUGAACACUAAAGAAGAUUUUUAGCAGAAA